GACGGGUUCCCCUCUUCCUGUGUCGGGAGAUGGGCGGUGAUUGGACCGUUGCGGAGAGGGUUGUGUGGGGGAUGGAUGACGUGUGGAUGGAUGGUGCCAAUGCCGGUUCGCUGGUUAUUUUUGGAUAGAUUGCUAGACAGGGUUAUUGGCCAGGAUGUUGCGCUUGCUUGCUUGUGAAGGUGUGUAGAGUGUACUCCGUACACAACACCCAAGAUCCGUAGGCAAAUGAUAGGCGACAUAGUACUCCGUAAGCUGGUUCUCAUUCUCGGCUUACAAUCCUCCGCUAAUGCACCCGGUCGUUCUCAUCACAUCUUUGCCGCCGUGAUCUCAGCCGCCCGGAUCAUCGCGCGCCAACCCAUCCUGAAUCCUUCUACCAACCUUCCCAAGCAACCAUACCGGCACUACGUCGCUAGCUUGCUUUGGGAUGGUUUAGGCCCGGAAGUGACCACCUGCCCUCGGUCAUGCAGUGGCCAGCCAAUCCCCGCGCGGUUGAACCCUUCCUCCGGGCCUACGGGGACCGGCGCUGAAUUCGGGACCGCUGGUAGGUCAGCAGGAGACUAUCAGGCGCUGAGGACGGCACUGGACGGGAUUCAGCCGGUUGUCUGCAGGCUUUUCUAUUUUCAUCACAAGCCAGGAAGUUAUUUCUGGCAACUCCAGGGUCUGUGGGGGCUUGCUGUGAUUGGCGGUGGGUCGGUGCUAUGUACUGCUAUUCUGGGAGGGAUAUUUUUGGUAACGAGCAGCGCGUUGGAUGCGUUGAUGCAUCGAUGCAUCGCGAGAUGGAUAUAUGUAUGUGAUGCGCUGGAUUCAUUGUUGAAGGGAUCGCGUUUUGAAUGUUGUUCUUUUGAGAUAUUUUCACAUCGAGCGUACCUAAACUUGGGAGUCCUCUGGGAUAUACUCGUGCCCCUCAGUGUCCCUCGAGUCGUUCCUGCAAGGCUUGAUUUGACUGGCCGAGCAUAUCUUCCCCUCCAUGUAUCUUCUCCGCACUCUGCAGACAUUAGCAGUGUACGUUGCCCGCGCCCAUCGGUCAAUCAGAUACUGAUUCUCACACAGUAUUUCGUCACCCAGACUGGCCAUCUACCUCGACUGCAUCAUCACACAGAUCCACGGUAUGCCGCCAUGAGCGUGACGAGGAUGCAUGGUGCCCGCCCAAGCAAUGCCUCUCAGCCAAUGAAAGUUCCACGUCGGCCACCGGCCGUGAUAUCAGCGCCUGGACAAAUAUAGCACAACCCGGUGGCUGUCAGUCUUAUACAACCUUAAGCGCAUCCCCUGCAUGACGAUGGUCUUCAUCACCGGCGGGUCACGACGACUCCUGUCCAAGGAAUGUUGCUCGGCCCCGCGUAUUGUCGUGAAGGGUAUGAUACUGUUUGGUACGAGGGUUGAUGAUCGCCCGAGAGGAGCCAACGUUGGGGGGAGGGGAGGCCGUGGUCUCACUCGGGGCGUUUAAUAGGCACUGUGC